UUGUUUUGUACUUUGAGGUUAGGUUAUUUAUCAAGUGUACAAAUAAGAUCUUGCACGAAAAUCUUAAAGAUAUUGUUGUAUUUGAGCCUUUUGGAUUGAAUUAAUGCUUCAUAAAAUUCGAAAAUUGUGAGGAUUUGUUAUGCAUCUUUCCCACAAAAAAAUUAAAGGGACUUAUUUCCAAACAUAACCAAGAAACUCACAUAAAUACUUUUAAAUUGAUUUAAAUGCUAGUUUUACGUACGAAAUAAUGUCGAAUCGAACGAAUUUUUGUAAUGACCAAUACCAAGAAUCAAUUUCAAUGGAACAAGCGAUUUUAGUGCAAGGAGGUGAUCUUGAGAGUGUUUCUGAACCCUAUAUCACAACUAACGGAGAUGGAACUCAGUAUUUAUCCAUAUUAGAUUCUCAAAAUGAAAUAGUUCUCAAUGAAAUGAAUGAUGUUGAUUUUGAACAUAACCCUAUGAGCCAACCGGAAGAGGAAGGUGGAGUUUCGGAUGAGCAAGGGGGACAAGUUGUUUUAUAUCGAGUUGAUGACAGUGAUGAGCUUUAUGGUGUGCAGUUUUUACAAGAUGAAACGGGAAUUUUAAGGAAAUAUCAAUUUAAAGUUAGACAAACGGAAGAUGGAAUAUUAGAAGCUCUUCCUGACACUCUCCAAGUUAUUCCACUUGAUGAUGAAGAAAUUGAGCAAAUCCCCGAAGUUCCAGAAACACCCCAAAACCCAAUAUUUGUAAAACAAGAGCAACAACUUCUUUCUGAAGCUGAUGGUUUCAAUCAAGAUGUUUUGUUUGAAAGAGACCCAAGGGAUACCAAAGAAGGGAUAUUGGGGCAUAAACAAGCUCUCCUUGAAACAGUUGAUGAGUCUGCAAUGGAUUUUGAGGAAAACCAAAUAUUUCAUGAGUCCAUGGAAGAAGUAACAAUGGAAAAAGAAUCAAAUCUCACUAAUGUUAAAGUUGAAGGUGGUAUUCCAGAAAUUUCAUUUCAACAUAAAUCAUAUUUAAAUGAAGAAAAUUCUGGAGAGAAUUUAUUAGAAGAAAUUCCAAACACUUAUGAGUUAUUAAAAAAACAAAAUCAAAUUCAUCAUAAUGGAAAUGAAGAUUGCUCUGAACUUGUAGAAAGUGGAAAUAUAGAUUCAUAUCUGGAAUCAUCUAUAUCCAUAGAGGAAGAGUUAGAAGAGGAGGAAGAAGAAGAGGACGACGACGACGAUGAUUAUGAAGAAGAAGAAGAUGAAGAGGAAUCCGAAAACGACUCAAUUGAUGGGGAUCAUGUAACAGGAGAUGAAGUACGCGAAAUAAGCACAAAUUUCGAUUUAAAUCGAAAAUUUAGUUAUCAAAGAAUCCCCGGAAAACGGAAAGUAAUCCAAAACAUUUUAAGAAAAAUCAAAGUGAGCGAUAUAAAAUCAUCAGGAAAUGAAUUAGAGGGGCAAUUCUAUUAUUUGAUCCGCGACCCCGAAAAAGAAAACUUGGUCAAAUACCAAAACACAUCACCACUAAUAAGCACAAAUCCCAGAAGUAUUUUAAAAACUUCAAUUCCCAUUGUUGAGCCAACGAAAAAAGUCGCGGAAGAUUUAGAAAAGUACGAUAAACGCUUCGCGAAAAGCAAGGAAGCUCAACAAGCGCGACAAUUUCAUAAUUACAUCGCCCACACUAAAAUCAUUCAUGCGCCAAUACGACAAGAACGUUUACCAAGAAAACAAAAAAUUAAACCUAUGGAACGUACCGAUGAAGAAAUUGUCGUUCAGGAAGUAUUUGUUUCAUCAAACGGUUUUGUGGAAACCUCCGAAGAUGGUGUUUUAAAAGAGCGCGUCCCGUUACAACCAACCGAAUUUAUACAACUUAGCGAUACGGAUGACGAAGAAGUUGAAAAAACACCGCGAAGGAAACGCAAAUCGAAGAAGAAACCGUUUAUUGAAAUAACAAUAAGCGAUAGUGAUGAUGAAGAUUCUGAUACGGUGAUAGAGGUGCCACCAAAACGACCUAGAGGCAGGCCUCCCAAGUCGGUGCCAGAACCAUCAUCACCACCACUAAUAUCGUCGGACAGCUCUGAAGAGGAACCAGAAGAAAUUAUAAUUUUAAGGGUGGACAAUAAAUGUCCUAAGUGCCCUAAGAGUUUCCCUAGCGAGGGAAGUUUAAGAUCGCACAUGCAGUGUCAUGCUUACGAAGAAGACGAAUCCGAUGUUAAUUUAAUGUGCGAAAAAUGUGGGGAGCAAUUUAAAAACUCGGCGUUAUUAAAUCGACACGCUAAGACACACGUUACGGCAGCCUAGUGUCGUUUAUUAAACUUAGGAUUUUUUUUGUACAUAGUUUAAUGUAAUUGAUGAUGGCCUUUGAAUGUGUUUGUAUGAUCGAAUUAUCUGAAAGAAUGUAAUAAAUAAUGUGUAUAUGAAAAUAA